AUGGAGCCUCCACGCUCGACAUCCCGAUCGCGUCGCUCCUAUCCGAACCUCCACAACCUCUCCAUAGCCCCGCUCAGCGCCAAAUACCCUCUCGAUGCAUCCGUACCACCUUCACCCGACGAGCAAGGCACGCGCACUCCUCGGACGUCGUACAUCGCGCAAAAGUCGGCACCUACAACGCCAGGUGUUCUAAGCCUCAGCCAGAGCCGCAGCAGUUCACGGCAGCGCCCGAAGAAAGCCUACGCAUACGACAGCUACUUUGUCAACCCCCGUGCCGAAGUUCGCGAUGUUGGUGACAUACCAAAAGCAAAGAGUACCAGUGUCCUGCAUCCCGGCGUCAGCUUUGCCGACGAAGUGCUCAGGGUAGAUGAUGGGGAAAAGAGACAUCAUUCGAGGAAAGGCACAGCGCCUCUACCGCUGCACUCACCACUCGUAAAGCAUCACACCAAAGAGUCAAAUGAAGAGUGGCUGCACCGCGCUGGUUUGGCAAUCGCUGGCGAGACGAGGGAUAGCAAGGGACAGGGUUGGCUUGUGAGACGAGAGAGCUCCACCAGUCUAGUCGGACAAGGUGACGAGUACGAGAAACGCUCUUCACAUGAGGAUAGGCCCAUGGCUCUACUCUCUGGCGAACAUGUCGGUGACGCGGACUUUCCCGUGUUCUUCUCCCCGCGCAUGUCCAGGGUGGGGAGUCGUAUCCCCAGUCGCGUAGGCUCCCGCGUACCCAGCGCACGGCAGAGUCGACGGGGCAGCAGAGUAGGUAGUCGGGCCGAUCUCAUGAUGUCUGCCGGAUCGAAACCGCAGUCAGGAAGAGCCAGCUUCGAGAUCUCUGAGCUAGACGAACGCUUCAUUGAGCCUGACUUCAUCGAAGCAGACGAAGAAAGCGAUGGCGAUGAGGAAGAAGUCGCUCGGUUGGCGCGCGAACGCGGGUUCGGGCUUGGAGGUUGGAUGGAUCGUCUCAUCGGAUGGACACUGUUCUCUGUUGACGAGGACAGAGAAGCGUCCGAUGAGGAUGAUGCGGAAUAUGAUAGGAGCCUGCGACUAGACAAUCUUACAACGGAGGAGCUGAAGUUACGCCGCGAAGUUGAAGCCAAGCGGCGUAAGCUUGAACGAGAAGCCAUUAUUGCUGCAUCUGCUCUACGGAGACAAGAAGGCGAUGCGACGACUACAGAUACAGAGAGCCGCCCAACAACCGGGGACUCGCAACGUACGACGGCCAAUGAAGAGGUCGGCGGUUGGCAAGAUGCCGCGUGGCUAUUGAGCGUUGCUUCGAAAGCUUUGUUCUAA